GUCCUGGUCUUUGGCUUCUCGACUCGGUCCUGUUUCGACAGCGAACAUGUCUCGGCCUGUCAGAAAUAGGAAGGUCGUUGAUUACUCACAGUUUCAGGAAUCUGAUGAUGCAGAUGAAGAUUAUGGAAGAGAUUCGGGUCCUCCUGCUAAGAAAAUUUGAUCAUCUCCCCGAGAAGCUAAAAAUAAGAGGCGAUCUGGAAAGAAUUCACAGGAGGAUAGUGAGGACUCAGAAGAAAAAGAUGUGAAGACCAAGAAGGACGAUUCUCACUCAGCAGAGGACAGUGAAGAUGAAAAAGAAGAUCAUAAAAAUGUGCGCCAGCAACGGCAGGCAGCAUCUAAAGCAGCUUCUAAACAGAGAGAGAUGCUCAUGGAAGAUGUGGGCAGUGAGGAAGAACAAGAAGAAGAGGAUGAGGCACCAUUCCAGGAGAAAGAUUCUGGCAGUGAUGAAGAUUUCCUAAUGGAAGAUGAUGAUGAUAGUGAUUAUGGCAGUUCAAAAAAGAAAAACAAAAAGAUGGUUAAGAAGUCCAAACCUGAGAGAAAAGAAAAGAAAAUGCCCAAGCCCAGGCUAAAGGCCACAGUAACACCAAGCCCAGUGAAAGGCAAAGGGAAAGUGGGGCGCCCCACAGCUUCAAAGGCGUCAAAGGAAAAGACACCUUCUCCCAAAGAGGAAGAUGAGGAACCAGAAAGCCCUCCAGAAAAGAAAACAUCUGCAAGCCCCCCACCCGAGAAAUUUGGGGAUGAAGGGUCUGAAGAUGAAGCCCAGUCUGGGGAGGAUUAAAAGUGAUGAUGGUUUGGGGAGAGAUUUUAUUAAAAAAAGAAAAAAGAAAAAAGAGGGGAAAAAAGAGAACCUACUUAAGAUAGAACAUGGUUUUGGCUAUGGCUUGACUCAUGGGCUUUCAGUGCUUUUUUCCAUUUGUUUAAAAUAACAUUUUCUC